UUUUUAUUGUUCGUCUUUAAUUUAUAUUUAUUGGCCGUGGCGCCCCUCCGCAGACCGUAGUAAGCAGACUGUUCCAAACAACCCUACCUUGCUUUUCUUCUUUCCCUUCUCUCUGGUUUAGCUUCCAAUCUUCCAUGGCUUACAAUCCGAGCCUUCUUUCACUCUUUUCACUCGUUUUCUUGGCUACUAUUUCUCUUGCUCAGAGACCCUUUUUCCCACGGGCCAUUGUUAUUCCGGUUUCCAAAGAUUUCCCCACUUCACAAUAUGUUGCUCAGCUUCAGAUGGGCUAUAAUCUUGCUCCUUUGAAACUGGUUGUCGAUGUCGGUGGUCCGUUUCUCUGGGCUGAUUGGGCUUCUUCGUCUCAGGGCUCCAUCCCCUGUGGCUCUCUCAAGUGCUCCAUGGCUAACCCCAAAGGAUGCACCAGUAACGAGAUCUGCGAGCUUCAAUUCGAAAAUCCCGUCUCGAAAAUGGCCGGAUCUGGGGUUUUGAAGGAAGACACCAUAGCUGUGGAGCUCAUAGAUGAGCCCAACGCAGGUUCUUUUCUCUCUCAUGUUCCUAAUUUCUUGUUUUCGUUUGUCCCGAGUUUCUUGUUCCAAGGCCUGGGUAAUGGCGUGAACGGGGUGUUGGGGCUUGGGAAUUCUAGGAUUUCGUUGCCGUCUCAGCUUGCAAACACUUUUGGUAUUCCUAGAAAAUUUGCUGUCUGUUUGUCCUCUUCUAAUGGUGCCAUAAUCUCCGGUGACACUACCUAUGAUGUUUCGAGAUCUAUGAUGUACACCCCUUUGAUCUCCCCCCAAAAUGGCACCACACAGGAGUACUACAUCAACGUGAAAUCAAUCAAAAUUAAUGACAGGAAAUUGCCCCUCAACACAUCCUUGUUGGUCUUGGAUCAAGAAGUUGAGGGAGGGACAAGAAUCAGCACAGUGGUUCCCUACACAACCUUAAAGACCACAAUCUACCACCCAUUUCUGGACUCCUAUUUGGAAUCUGCUGCUUCCAUGGGGCUCAGCAGGGUGGACCCUGUGGCACCAUUUGAGGUUUGCUUUAGUGGUGUUGGGUCAGAUGUUCCAAAGGUGGAGUUUGUGUUGCAGAGUGAGAUGGUGAAAUGGAGGAUGAAUUCAAUGGUGAAAGUGGGUGAUGGGGUGAUGUGUUUGGGGUUCUUGGAUGGUGGGUUGGGGCAAGGGGCUUCAGUUGUGAUUGGAGGGUACCAAUUGGAGGAUAAUCUUUUGGAGUUCAAUUUGGGCACUUCUAUGCUUGGUUUCACUUCUUUAAUGGCAGGCACAAGUUGUUCUCACUUCACAAGAUUCUCUAUGGAGAGAGAUUCAGCUUGAUUGCUGGCCAAUUUUGGAGAGAUAUCCCUUGUACAGGUGGAUGGAUGGAUGUAAAAUUCCUGUUUUUGUUACAUUUGAGAGUCUAAUUUCUAUGUUUAACUGUUGACUAAUAUCAUGCUUGUGAUUGCCCUUUUUGUUACAUUUGAGAGUCUAAUUUCUAUGUAUGAGAUAAAUAGAUGAAUGUAGAAUAAGUCUAAACUCCUCUAUGGUUCCUUGUUUUAUAAUAUCUUUGCCUUGAAGUUUUGUUAUUGUAA